CGGUCCCUCCGGUCGCGGCGAUGCCCGAGUGCCCGGAGCUGCACCUGGCCGGGCGUUACAUCAACGCGGCGUGCGGCGGGGUCGUGUUCUCGGGCGGCGUGGAACGCUCGCCGGUGGGCAGGGGCCCCGCGGUGCCCUUCCGCAGCCCGGCCUACCGCAUCUCGGCCGCCUCCCGGGGCAAGGAGCUGCGGCUGCUGCUGGCCCCGCUGGGCCCCGGCGAGCCCCAGGCCCUCGUCUUUCGCUUCGGGAUGUCGGGGUCGUUCCGGCUGUGCCCGGCCGGCCGGCCGCCCCGCCAUGCCCACCUCCGCUUCCUCACGGCCGAGAGCCCCCCGCGCGCCCUCUGCUUCGUCGAUGCCCGGCGCUUCGGCUCGUGGCGGCUGGGUGACGCCUGGCAGCCGGGCCGCGGGCCCUGCGUCCUCGCCGAGUACCAGGCCUUCAGGGAGAACGUGCUGAAGAACCUGGACGACAAGGCGUUUGACAAGCCCAUCUGCGAGGCCCUCCUGAACCAGAAGUUUUUCAACGGAAUCGGGAAUUACCUCUGCGCUGAGAUCCUGUACAGGUUGAAGAUCCCUCCCUUUGAAAAGGCUCGGACCGUGCUGGAGGCCCUGAAGGCUCAGGAGCAGGCGAGGAGGCAGAAGGUGGGGAAUACCUGGUGCUUUCACAGGCUCAGGAAGGGGACAGGUCUCCAGACAGGGAUUUGUUUUCCUGCGGCCCCACAGGACAUCUCGAAUCCGGCCCUGACGCUGAGCAAGAAGCUGAAGCUGAUGCGGGAGAACCCGGAUCUCCUGGAGCUGUGCCACACCGUGCCCAUGGAGGUCAUCGCGGCGGAGAAAAAUCUCCUUGACCCAGAUCACUCGGAUAACUACGCCGCGUUCAAGAACUGGCUGCAGUGUUACCUGGUGCCUGGCAUGAGCUGCCUGCGCGACCGCAACGGCAGGACCGUGUGGUUCCAGGGAGAGCCUGGCCCCAUGGCUCCCAAAGGGCAGACACCCCGCAAGAAGCGCGCUCAGCUGAAGGCAGAUCCCGAGGCUCUGACCCCCAAGGUCACCACACGUGCCUCGAAACGGCGUCCCAGGGCUGCAGCAAAACCCCCAAAGUCGGCCAAGGAGGAGGAGGAGGAGGAGGUGGCUGGUGGGCUGAGGAAGGGACGGGCUCGCGGGAGGAGGAAAGCGACCGCUGCUCCGGCCUCGUCUGAGCCUGAGGCACCGCUCAAAGCCCGAAAAAGCCGCCGGACGCCUGCACGCAGGGGCAGAGGCGCAGCCCCUGCCGUGUGAGUGCUGCAUGCUGCCCUCCCCAGGGGUGAUUUAGCAGCCGCAGGGGGAGCUCGGGGAGCUGGGGAGAAAUGGGGCUGCUCUCUACUCGUGCUCACAACCGCUUGCUGCCGCUGCACCCUGCCAGUGUGGCAAGGAGAAUUGGGGCUGAGUAAUGGGGCUGGUUUUAUCCAGUGUCCUCCUGCUGUACCCAGGCAUCUGAGGGAGAUAAGGGCACAGUCCAAAUGUUGUGCUGGACUCUGACCCUUCCUCUGCCUAAAAGCAAAUUCGCUCCUCCUUCCCCUCUUCCCUUUCUGGCUGCUGCCUGGAUCACCGUUUUUAGCUGACUAAUAAAGUAUUUUGUGUAGAAAUCA